AUGGUCGCCCCUGCACGGAAGUUUGGCUUCAUCUUUCCCAUGGCCUCGGGCCACAUCAACCCCUCUCUGCCCGUCGCACGUACCUUGGUAGAGGAAGGCCAGGAAGUCCACUACCUCUGCAGGGAGCAGAUGAAGGAUGCCAUUGAAGACACGGGGGCCACCUUCCAUUCGGAGAUCGAAGCGCUGCCGGAGAUGUAUGAAGGAAGAAAUGUUGACAUCUUCGGAUGCUUGUCGGACCUUCAAAAGGAGUUUGGCUUGGAUCAGGACCCUCUGUUUGUCGCGAUGUUCAAGAUCCGGGAAAUUAUGCAGGAGAUGAUGUUGCCUGGCAUUCUACGCUGGCUUGAAAAAGUCGGUGUAGAUGUGGUCGUGCUGUGCCCUCUGAUGAACAAGGAGGCCUGCUGGGCCGCCCAGAUUCUUGGCAUUCCAUGCGUCGGUAUCAUGACAACUGCUGGGCCGGGAAGCCUGCGUUUGGCGACUUUGGAAUGGCUGGAAAAGAUGGGCUACACCACUGAGCGGUGCCUGAAGGAGCGCCGUGCCUAUCAACCUCUGCUUGACGCUGUUGAUCGCUUGAGGGCCAAAUAUGGCUUAGAGAUCGAGCUCGAUGAGGAAAUGGCACCAGUAGGAAUGUCGGUGGUCGCAAAGCAAUCGGCACUGACACUGGUCACCACCGUUGACUUCUUGGCGGAUCCCUUGUCACCGGAGCUGGAGAAGAUCUACGAAGAAGCCCAAACGGAGUUUGUCUUCGUCGGGCCGCUGCUCGAUAAAGCCGGAGCCAAGCGAGCGGCAGGGCACAAGUUCCAGAAAGACGCCGAGUCUACCAAGGGGCUUGAGACGACGCCGCAGCCAGCGCAAUCUGCACAAAUCGCCGAUGCCAUCGACCCCGUAGCCUUGAUUCGCAAGGCCCGCGCAGAGGGUCGGGAGGUGAUCUUUGCGAGCAUGGGAACGGUAAUUACAGGAGACAGCCCAGAAGUGGGCUGGGCCAACCACAUGUCCGUCGAUGGAGUUUUUCAGGGCUUGACCGGCAAAGAGCUUUGCCAAGCCGCCUGGGGUGGUCUUUUCGAUGCCUUCGGCACAGACAACGCUGGCGGCGCUCCGCUGCUGUUGGUCUCUUUGGGACCCCAGCCAGAUGCACUUGAGAACCUCAUGGCUCCGGCGAACGCCGUAUGCUUGCCCGUCAUGCCACAAGUUGACAUCUUAAAGGAGGGCGUGGACUUGUUCCUGACACAUGGAGGCCAAAACAGCUUCAUGGAAUCCCUGAGCACUGGUGCUCCGGUCGUCGUUUGCCCAGGAUUUGCUGACCAACCUGUCAAUGCUCAGAAGGCUGUCCAGCUUGGUGUCGGCCUGCAAAUCGAGCGACCUAUGUGCGAUCUGAGCGAGGCCUCACAGGUGGCUGCCAAGUACCGAUGCGACGUUGCGGCAGCAGUCGAAGAGGUCCGCAGGAACCCGGAGUUCAAGACCAAAGCCAACGAGUGCUCUUUGAAGAUGCAGUCUGCAGGUGCCUUGACCAAUUCAGGAGUUGCCCCGGGCUUUCGUCGAAGACUGGGGCACUGCCUUCUGGCCGCUGCUUUGUCCCCGAUGCUCGCGCAACUCGCCGUGGCUUUUUCCGGCUCCGCGAUCCACGCACCACCGAGGAGAAGGUGUGUCUCCCGGCCUGCGUCCUCAUCUGAACUUCCGGCCCUGCAGUCCAAAGCGAGCCUGAAGUUGAUCCAGGCACAGGUUGCAGCCGGUCACGAUAUGAAAGAGCUUGGGGUCCGGAUGGAGCAGAGCGAGUUCAAGGCGUCAGCAUUGGACGGCGCUGCAACAGUCACGUUUGACGGCAUGCAGAACCUGCGCAGCGUCGACAUUUCGGACGAUGCGCUGGCAAAAGCCGGGAGUGAGACAGCCCUAGCCGAGGCCUUGCUGAAGGCGCUGCAAGAAGGCCACGACAGCAGCGUCGCAGGCUCAGAAGACGAUGUCUGGUCUCUUUACCAGAGCAACCCGGACCUCAUCCAGGCUCCCUUGAUCCAGAUUGGUGCAGGCAACACUGCGCAGGACUUGUGGGCGAAUGUGACAAAAACCAAUGAAACCCUCAAGCUGGCGGAGGAGCUCUUCCUUCAUUUCGAUCAGGACAAGGACGGCUUCUGGAACUUCAAGGAAACUUCAGCUGUACAGCUCGCCACAGAGGGAACUGAAAUGGGCGAAGAAGCCUUCAACUCCCUCAUCAUUGCUGCAGCACCGAACGGAGGUCGUCACUUGACAGAGGAAGACAUGGCUCGAGGUCUGUCGAAGGAUCAGGUGCUGGACCUCUACACCAACGCCCAGAGACAACGCCAGCUGGGUUUCGUUCUCGACAUUAUGAAGGAUCAUCAGCGGGUCUUCUCACAGGAGUCCAACGCAAAAGAAACAGAGAGCAAGCCCGCGCCAGUGUCCGUGAGCGUGGACUGA